UUCCAUUUUCCAGCGUUCUAUAAAUGGAGGUUCGUCGCCAUCCACGCGGUUCAGUUCUUUGUCAGCCUCGGUAGGCGCGCGUGCGUUGCAAACGGUGCAGUCGGUGUGAUAGUUCUACGCUCCUAAUUUGUGUGUUUACGAGACGGUUAGACCAGAAGUGAUCGUGUACAUGGUUGUUUUGGGUUCACAACCAGCAUAGAUAUGGCACUGCAGUUGGUGCUUUUGUACAUUAUCGCGGCAUUGGCAUUGGCCACUUUGGUGUGCGUGCGGUGGAAGCGUCGGAAACUGUAUGCCGCGGCGGCAACCAUGGAUGGGCCACCGUGUUUGCCAUUGGUUGGUCAUGUGUAUCUAAUCUUCGGUAAAAGAAGUGGAGAAGACAUUCUACAAGUGCUAGACCGUUACGCUCCCAGAUAUAAAUCUCCGGUUGGUAUUUGGAUGGGACCGCAACUGAUCGUCGGUAUCAAGGAUAAUCCCGAUUACUUCCAAACGGUUAUGAAUUCACCGCAUAUGCUAAAUAAGAUGGAUCAGUACAACUUUUUCCGGAUUGUUAAUGGUCUUUUUGCUGCUCCAGAUCAUGCUUGGAAAAACGAAAGAAAAUUGCUCAACCGAUCGUUCAGCCCGAUGAUGUUGUCCAGCUUUGUCGAUACGUUCAAUGAUAAAGACUUCAUCAUGGUGGAAAAUCUUCGCAAAUUUGCUGGAAAUGGAGAAAUCGAUUUGCAUUUGUACAUUGCUAAAUGUACAAUUGAUUCCAUAUUUGGGACUGCUUUCGGUAAGGACCUCAACACCCAAGGUCACGACGGUGCUGAUGAGUAUUUGCAUUGCUUAGACACCUUUUUCUCGCUUGUAUUCAAGCGUAUGCUUCACGUGGAACGCUAUCCCGAAAGCAUCUAUCGUCUUACGAAGGAUUACGAACUUGAGUCGAACUGUGUGAACAUUAUCAGAAACAUGUCAUUGGACCUGAUAAAGGAACUGAAAGAAAAAUCAAAACAGGCAAAAGUCACAUCGAGCAAAGAAGCAGCAUACGAAGGCAAGCCGGCACUUAAUUUCGCGGAGAAUCUUUUCGAUCUGGCGGAAAACAAUCCUUCCUUAACUGACGAUCACAUCAAGGAUCACGUCGAUACCAUGAUCGUGGCUGGUCAUGAUACUACCGCUACCACCAUGUCGAACCUGCUGCUCAUGUUGGCCAUGCAUCCGGAAGUACAGGAGCUGGUCUAUCAGGAGGUAAUGAGUGUGUGUCCGGACAAAACAAAACCGGUGACGAUGGAGGACGCAAACAACCUAGUCUACACGGAGAUGGUGUGCAAGGAAACGAUGCGUCUAUUUCCCGUGGGUCCAUUAAUAGGCAGAAAGUGUGUCGCAGAUGUCAAACUGGACGAUAAACACACUAUUCCUGCCGGAUGCUGUGUAGCACUGGGGAUCUACCAAAUACAUCGUGAUCCUUCGAUCUGGGGUCCGGACUCUGGAAAAUUCAAUCCCGAUCACUUUCUCCCUGAAAAGGUGGCCGAACGACACCCGUACGCAUAUCUUCCGUUUAGUGGUGGACCACGGAACUGUAUCGGCAUCCGAUACGCGUGGCUAUCGAUGAAGAUUCUUAUUGCUCAUCUCGUACGAAACUAUCGCUUUAAAACUUCGCUCAAGAUGGAGGACCUAAACAUAAAGUUCGCCAUCAUUUUAAGAAUUACGAAUGGUUGUCUCGUAUCGAUAGAGGAUCGCAGUUGUAGUCCGGUAUAAAAUGGAACGAGUGAUACCUGUGCUGCAAGCUGUUCGAAGUUCUCAUUUACAAGACUCUACUAAGCUAGACUAAAUAAGGAAGUUACGCAUUAUUGUUAAUAAUGCAACAGAGCAUAAGUACACGGAUUACUUAUUGGCAAAUGCUGGGUACAGUUUUCAACUAGCGAGAUAAAAUUUAAUUCAUUUACUUUAAAUGUUAGCUACUAAGACCGGUUUUGGAUCCUAAGCGAAUAUAAAAUUAGUUUAGAAAAAGUUUGAACUUUGCUCAAACUCUGUGGAGGUAUAACUUCAUUUUAACGGAAAUUAUGUAUGUUUAGAUUAAUGUUUCUUUUACCAUUGUUUCAAAUUGCUUGCUAAAUUGUAAUUUUAUAUUCGUUCCAAAUAAUUUAAAUUAAAUUAUGACUUUAUAAUUAAAUAAAAUUUCAAAUCACCUUCCAUGUCUA